AUGUCUUCUGCCCCGAUAGCCGAACGAAAUCAAGACGCCACUGUAUACGUGGGCGGACUUGAUGAAAAAGUACAGGAGAACAUACUUUGGGAGUUGUUUCUCCAAGCUGGGCCAGUGGUGAAUGUGCACAUGCCUAAAGACAGAGUCACACAGACACAUCAAGGCUACGGCUUCAUCGAGUUCAUGAGUGAAGAAGAUGCAGACUAUGCCAUCAAGAUCAUGAACAUGAUCAAGCUGUUUGGGAAACCCAUAAGAGUUAACAAGGCUUCAGCCCACACUAAACGACAGGAUAUUGGAGCCAACAUCUUCAUUGGCAACCUGGACCCCGAAGUGGAUGAGAAACUUUUAUACGACACAUUUAGUGCUUUUGGUGUCAUUCUACAGACUCCAAAGAUUAUGAGAGACAGGGAGUCAGGCAAUUCCAAGGGUUAUGCUUUUAUCAACUUUGCCAGUUUUGAUGCCUCGGAUGCUGCAAUCGAGGCAAUGAAUGACCAGUAUUUAUGUAACAGAGCCAUCACAAUCUCAUAUGCAUUCAAGAAAGAUGCUAAAGGAGAGAGGUGUGGUUCAGCUGCAGAACGUUUAUUGGCAGCACAAAAUCCACUGUCUCUGACCGGGAGACCUCACCAGAUGUUUGCUGAUGCUCCACCGCCACCAAUUCUGCCAUCUGCUCCACAGACAGGCCCAGGAUCAUUAGUUCCCCCUCCACCACCACCCAUGGGGAUUGUUCAAGGUUUGCCACCACCAGCCUCAAUUCCUCCAAUGGUGGGUACACUGCCAACUACAGUAUCAAUGGCUCCACCCCCGCCUGCCCCGACACUUCACCCUCCACCAGGAAUGCAGCAAAAUUUCAAUCCAUUGGGAAUGCCACCUCCACCCAUCCCUCCAGGUCAGAACCAGAACUACCCAGGUGCACCAAUGCCACCUCGGCCCCCACCUCCUCCCAUGUCUACAGCUGGUAUGGAUUUUGGUGGAGGACAGAUGAUGAACCAGUCAAAUCCUAUGAUGAACCAUCAGCCGAUGCAGGGAAUGGGUCCACCAGGGCAGAUGGGUGGUAUGAACAACUUUGGUCCGCCUUCUGGGCCACCUCCUGGUAUGAGACCACCACCUCCUGGAUGGAGGGGUCCAAUGCCCCCCAGAGGUCCACCUGUUGGCUUUGGCUCUCCUGGCAACAUGAGAGGCCCAAUGAGAGGACCUGUAAACAUGCCAAUGAAUGGACCCAGAGGCCCCAUGCCACCCAGAGGAAUGAGAGGCCCUCCACCAGGAAUGAGACCACCCCCACCAAGAUUUGGGGGCAGUGGGGGCAAUGAUGAUAGGGGCAAUACUGGCAAUAUUGAGUAUUAA